ACCUAAAAUGGCGGAGACUUUCGCCAGGAGAGAGUGCUUCUGCUGUACAUUUAAUGAAUCUGAUGUUUCCAUUGUAUUUAGAUUAGAUUGUUGACUGAAACUAUGUUAUAUAGGUUAGUUAAAAAGUAUUUGCUCGAUAAGUUUCCUUGACUGAAACCACAUAUUGAUACGUGAAAGCGGAACUUGGAAAAUUUGUUUACGGUCACAUUUCAUGAAUUUUGUAGUCUUUAUGUCGUUACAGUUACUUGUAAAGAGUUCAUCGGGUAGAGAGAACAUUUGUUUGUACAGACUAUUACGUAUUUUAAAGACUGCGACCAACCAAACACGCCAAUCUUCCGUUUUCAUUGACAGCAGCAGACGUGUCUGACGGCGUGUUGUUCUGUGUGACAAAAUCUCCAAUUUCGUGAUCACUGCCCGACAAUCAAGAAUGGAAUAGUUUUUCCUGAAAUGAAUACACAUUAUAAGUGUCCAGUGCUUUUGAUACGCUACGGUGUGAAGUUUUAAGUGAUGGUUCGGUGUUAAAAUCUUUGGCAUUUUAUGAGCACGGACUAGUUCUGCUGUGUAUUAGUGGUGUGCAUUUCGAGAGUCGUUGGAAAUGUAAUUUGGCAACAACAUUUGUUUACUGCAUGCAUGUCAAAAUGGAACAGCAGUUUUUCCAAAAUGUGAAUGGUGCUAGGACGAUGGCACCCGAUGUAAAUAUUCAGUACAUUGACACUGUAGAUGGCGCCCUUCAGUAUAUUGUGAACCAGACGGGAUCGGAACAUCUGAUUGCUAUAGAUCAGUCUACCGGCAGAGCACUGCAGAUUGGAUGCCCAUCGCGCCAACUAAUCAUAGACAACUCAUCUGGACAGCGUGUACUUCUAUUCCGUGAGGUUGAAGUGCCAUCUUCAGCAGCAGCACCUCAACCACAAGUCUCGCAACAACAAGAAAGAAAGACAACCUCACCAGCCAUUGGUCAACAGUACGUCGUCACUUCUCCGUCAGCAUCCAGUUUCUUCACAGCAGCUGCUUCACAACAGUCUUCUGUACCACAUUCUACACAUGUACAAACAACUGCAGCACUGGAAAUUGCAUCAUCACUGAGCGACUCACAAGAGGAAAAACAACAGUCACCACCACAGCAGCAGCAGCAGCAGCAGGAGCAGGUGCUGCUUCAACAGCAACAGCAGCAACACUUGCAGCUAGGCCUGCAGCAAAUACACAUACACCAGAGUUCUCCUCCUCCUCCUCCUCCUCCUCCUACUGCUCAGCAGCAGCAGCAGCAGCAGCAGCAGCAGCAGCAGAUGACAGCAGAUUCACGGUUGCCAUCAGCCAUUAUAGGAUUGGCAUCUAAUAUCAAGGAGAUUCAGCAGAAGCAACAGGACUUGCAGCAGCAGCAGAAGCAGAAGCGACUAGGAGUGGUGGAACAACACAACCACAUCUUGCAGAAAGUACUCCAACAGCGCCAAGAACAGCAGCAGCUGUUACAGCAACACCAGAGCCAUUUUAUACAACAGCAGAAGUCGCACCAAGAUCAACAGAAAUCAAAUCAGCAGACACUUCACCUAUUAUUGCGCCAGCAAGAAGGAACGGCACACAAAUGGUGUGAUCAGAUGGAUCUUCAAAAGCAGCCACCACAAGAAGAACAAACACAGCACCAGCAGUCAUGCCUCAGAGUAGAGUUGCAAAAGACACAUGAGCACCAACAACAGCAAGAGCAUCAUAAUUUGCAACCACAGUGUCAACAACAGCUAUCUCAGAAGCAGGAGUUGGAGCAAGAAAUGCAGAAGGAUGUACAGAAAAAGGAAUUCGUGCAACACGAGCAGCUGCAGCAACCACAGGAAGGCUUACCCCAAAACUCACAACCAUCAUAUCAUGUUCACCAGCAACAGCAAACUCAGGAAAGUCACAUUGUGCACAACCAGGUUUUAUCAGUGCAACAGCAGCAUCAGCCCCGUCAUCAUGUGUCAACUAUCAGACAGCCUGGUCCAGGCCCUGGUACAAGAACACUCAGCAGUAUACAAAGUGGUGCUCCUGUUGAUGGCAACAGUCAAUGCAUUGAGCCAGUUCGUCCUGUUCGGAGACAGUAUCAGAGGACUAAUUCAUCACGCUCACGCUCACAGCAAACCACAACUAAGAAGUCCUUGCCAGUCACACAACCACAAAUACAGAAGCAAAUUCUGGACAAUGCAUUUAUUCGCAAGCAAGUAUUAGCUGCAUUAUCGCAGCACCAACCUCAACAACAGAAUCAAACCAGACAACAAAAUCAACUACAACCCCAGAAUCAAUCUCAGCAACAGAGUCAACUGCAGCCACAGAAUCAACCCCAGCAGCAGAAUCAGAUUCAGGCGCAGAAUCAGAUUCAGGCGCAGAAUCAGAUUCAGGCGCAGAAUCAGAUUCAGGCGCAGAAUCAGAUUCAGGCGCAGAAUCAGCUUCAGGCGCAGAAUCAGCUUCAGGCACAGAAUCAGCUUCAGCCACAUCACAUCAACCUCUGCCCCAAACCCCAUCACAACCUCAACCUCAACCUCAAGCCCAAACCCAACCCCAGCCUCAACCACAACCCCAGCCUCAAGUGCAACCCCAGCCUCAAGUGCAACCCCAGCCUCAAGUGCAACCCCAGCCUCAAGUGCAACCCCAGCCUCAACCCCAACCCCAAACCCAACCCCAACCGCAACCUCCACCCCAACCUCCACCUCAAACCCUACUCCAAACCCAUCCUCAUCCUCAAUCACAAACCCAGACUCAACCCCAACUCCAAAUUCAAGCCCAAGCCCAACCUGAGUCCCAGUCACAAAACCAAUCUCAACCUCAUAUUCAAGUCCAAGUUUCACAACAGUCACAACUACAACUGCAACUUCAACCUCAGACCCAAUCUCAACCUGUUUCACAUCAGCAGCCUCCAUGACUUUUGUAUUGUAUGUCAUGUAAGAUUUGGAAAGUAA